AUGAGCUCUUCGUAUUAUGUGAAUGCGCUUUUUAGCAAAUAUACGGCGGGGGCUUCUCUUUUCCAAAAUGCGGAGCCUACUUCUUGCUCCUUUGCAAGCAACUCCCAGAGAAGCGGCUAUGGACCAGGCGCGGGUGCCUUCGCCUCCUCCAUGCCCGGCUUGUACAAUGUGAACAGUACCAUAUAUCAAAGCCCGUUCUCUUCCGGAUACAGCCUGGGCUCUGAUGCCUACAACCUGCAUUGUUCCUCUUUUGAUCAGAACAUUCCCGUCCUCUGCAAUGAGCUAACCAAACCCAGCUGUGAGAAAGCGGAGGAAAGCAACCUGCACAACCAGGCUGAGCCUAAUUUCCGGAUAUACCCCUGGAUGAGGUCUUCAGGUCCAGAUAGGAAGCGAGGGCGCCAGACCUACACCCGCUACCAGACCCUGGAGCUGGAGAAGGAAUUCCACUUCAAUCGUUAUCUGACUCGGCGGCGGAGGAUAGAGAUCGCCCAUGCCCUCUGCCUGACGGAGAGGCAGAUCAAAAUCUGGUUCCAAAACCGGAGGAUGAAGUGGAAGAAGGAGCACAAGGAGGAGAGCUCCAGCACCCCGGCUCCCAACGAGCCCACGUCAGCAGCAGCCUCUGUCGAGAAAGUGGAAGAAGACGAAGAGGAGGAGGACUAAGGAGUCCCACUCGAGGAAGUGAUCUCUUAGAAUAGUGUGUGCACAUGACAGUUGGAAAA